AAGUUCCCGCUUUAGCUUGCUGUAACUAACCAGUCUCAAGUCUCAACUACACGAAAACAAAACAGAGAACACAACUUUCUGACGUACGGUUUUAGGCUGCCCUGCACGCGAUCCGUCUCUCGUAUCCCCUAAAUCCUCGUCCUCGCAUUGCGAUCCAACAACAACAAUCGAAUCAUCACCAACAAAGCACAAAAACUGUCAAAGGCCAAAGUUCAGUCCUUGAGCCGUUGGAUCAAGAUGCAUUAUUUCUCACCACCAAUAUCUUAGCUUAGCUUCUUCUUUAUUCAAUUCAAUGUGGACCUAAUCAUUUUGUCUGUUUUCUCAAGUCUUAGUUUCGUAAAAUGAAUUAUUGACUAGUCCUUGAGGACUUUUCAAUCACAUGGGCAUUAAGAAUUAUCUAUAUUUUAAUCCAUUUUGAUCGAGUUUUUCUAUAUACCAAUCUUUGUCUUGAUUAAUUUGAUUGGAUUUUAUAUAAAACAAAGUUUUUUUUUUUUUAUUCCUUUCUUUUUGGAGCAUAGGACAAGGGGAAAAAACUACAAGUCUGACCAAAACAGUUGUUGGAUACGUGUAGGUUAAGGAGCAGGUGACAAAUUUCUUUUUUAUUUUUGGGAUUAAUGGCAAGUUUAAAAGAGGACCCAAUUCUUGGAAUUGACGGUAUAAUUAUAAAGGAGGAGUUUGAGAUUGCCAAGCCUGUGAUUGACAAGCUGAGGGAGGACCGCCCAGCUCUUGAAACUGAAGGCACAGUAAUAAAAGGGGAGUCUGUGAUUGACAAGGUAAUAGAGGAGGGGAGCGGUGGUCAAGGUGAGAGAGACAUGGUUCCUCCCACUAGCACUUCUAUCCACAGGUCUGGUUCCAGACCACAGCUGGACCUUAGCAAGGCUGCAAUUGAAGGGAAUUUUGAGGAGAGGGAUCCUACAAUUCUGUUGCCUAAUCAAUCUGAUGAUAUAUCCCAUUUGGCUCUUGAUAUUGGAGGUUCUCUAAUCAAGUUGGUGUAUUUUUCAAGACACCAAGACCGGCCAACUAAUGAUAAGAGGAAGAAGACAGUGAAGGAGAGAUUGGGAAUUUCCAAUGGUAAUAGGAGAAGCUACCCCAUUCUUGGAGGAAGACUUCAUUUUGUUAAGUUUGAGACAAGCAAGAUCAAUGAGUGCUUGGACUUUAUUUCUUCCAAGCAGCUUCAUCGUGGUGGAGUGGAUUCACAUAGCUGGCAUUCUGAUACCUCAUCCAAUGGCAAUGCUGUAAUUAAGGCCACAGGUGGCGGGGCAUACAAGUAUGCAGACCUCUUAAAGGAAAGGCUUGGGGUUAGUCUUGACAAAGAAGAUGAAAUGGAUUGUCUUGUGGCAGGAGCGAACUUUUUGCUUAAGGCUAUUCGCCAUGAAGCUUUCACACACAUGGAGGGUCAGAAAGAGUUUGUGCAGAUUGAUCAGAAUGAUAUGUUCCCUUAUCUUCUCGUUAACAUUGGAUCUGGUGUUAGUAUGAUCAAGGUUGAUGGGGAUGGGAAGUUUGAACGAGUCAGUGGGACAAAUGUUGGUGGUGGUACUUACUGGGGCUUGGGAAGGCUGUUAACCAAGUGCAAGAGUUUUGAUGAGUUGCUAGAGCUGAGUCAAAAGGGUGAUAAUGGAACAAUUGACAUGCUGGUUGGUGAUAUUUAUGGUGGUAUGGAUUAUAACAAGAUUGGUCUGUCAGCAUCAACCAUCGCUUCUAGUUUUGGCAAGGCUAUCUCUGAAAAGAAGGAACUUACAAACUACAGACCUGAAGAUAUUUCCCUGUCCCUCUUGCGAAUGAUUUCAUAUAACAUUGGGCAGAUUUCAUACCUGAAUGCACUUCGAUUUGGGCUUAAGAGAAUCUUCUUUGGAGGGUUUUUCAUUAGGGGUCAUGCAUAUACAAUGGAUACAAUUUCCUUUGCUGUUCACUUCUGGUCAAAAGGAGAGGCACAAGCAAUGUUUUUGCGGCAUGAAGGAUUUCUGGGAGCUUUAGGUGCAUUUAUGAGCUAUGAAAAGCAUGGUCUUGAUGACUUGAUGGUUCAUCAGUUAGUUGAAAGGUUCCCUAUGGGUGCACCAUAUACUGGAGGAAAGAUUCACGGUCCACCACUCGGGGAUUUGAAUGAGAAGAUUUCAUGGAUGGAAAAGUUUGUGCAGAAGGGAACUGAGAUUACUGCUCCUGUACCAAUGGCUUCAUCUGGAACCACUGGGCUUGGUGGCUUUGAAGUUCCUUCAUCCAAAGGUGGUACUCUACGUUCUGAUGCCAGUGCAUUAAAUGUUGGUGUUCUGCAUCUUGUACCCACACUGGAGGUGUUUCCACAAUUGGCAGACCCAAAAAUGUAUGAGCCUAACACUAUCGACCUCGCAGAUCACAGUGAAUUAGAGUACUGGUUCACUGUGCUGUCUGACCAUUUGCCAGAUCUUGUUGAUAAGGCAGUGGCUAGUGAAGGUGGAACGGAUGAUUCUAAAAGAAGAGGUGAUGCUUUCGCUCAUGCAUUUUCUGCUCACUUGGCAAGGUUGAUGGAGGAGCCUGCAGCAUAUGGGAAGUUAGGAUUGGCCAAUCUCUUGGAACUAAGGGAAGAGUGCUUGAGAGAAUUCCAAUUUGUGGACGCAUAUAGAAGCAUAAAACAGAGAGAAAAUGAGGCAUCACUCGCUGUGUUACCUGACCUGUUGGUGGAGCUUGAUAGCAUGACAGAGGAGACACGAUUGCUUACAUUAAUUGAGGGUGUUCUAGCUGCGAACAUAUUUGACUGGGGAUCUCGUGCUUGUGUGGAACUCUAUCACAAAGGAACAAUCAUAGAAAUCUAUAGAAUGAGUCGCAAUAAAAUGCAAAGACCUUGGCGGGUGGAUGACUUUGAUGCAUUCAAAGAAAGAAUGUUGGGGUCUGGAGAUAAGAAGCCUUGCCCUCAUAAGCGAGCUUUACUUUUUGUGGACAACUCAGGUGCUGAUGUUAUUUUAGGGAUGCUUCCCCUAGCACGGGAACUCCUCCGUCAUGGAACUGAGGUUGUUUUGGUUGCAAACUCCCUUCCAGCACUAAAUGAUGUAACAGCUAUGGAGCUUCCUGACAUUGUCGCUGAGGCUGCAAAGCAUUGUGACAUUCUUCGCAGAGCUGCUGAAGCAGGUGGCCUACUUGUUGAUGCAAUGAUAAACACUUCAGAUGGUUCUAAAGAUAAUUCCUCCUCAGUUCCCUUGAUGGUUGUUGAGAAUGGGUGUGGGAGUCCGUGCAUUGAUUUGAGGCAGGUCAGCUCUGAGCUUGCUGCCGCUGCAAAGGAUGCUGAUUUGAUUGUAUUGGAAGGGAUGGGUAGAGCUCUUCACACGAAUUUCAAUGCUCGGUUUAAAUGUGAGGCUUUGAAGCUUGCAAUGGUGAAGAAUCAGAGGCUGGCAGAAAAAUUGAUCGAAGGAAAUUUAUACGACUGUGUCUGCAGAUAUGAACCAGCCAGUUGAAAUCUUCUCAAGCUCAUAUUUAUCAGUCAGGACGUCAUCUUUUGAAACCAGGGGGGGGGUGGUGUUGUAACCCCAUUGGAGAGGUUGGGGAGAAGAAAAAGGAAAUAAACAGAAGGGAAAAGAACACUUCAGUUCUAUUGUCUACGCUUUCUCCUGUUUAUCUUGCACUGAUCAUUCAAGUGUCAAUGUUAUGUGGUAGAUAAUCAUUCGGUGUU